AUGGUUUUCAAUAAUUUUGAGUAUGUGCCUGAAGAUUAUGAAGAGAAUACUGAAAGCACAAGCAUGGCUGUUGAAUCAGAAAGUGUUAUAACAGAAAAACUUGCAAAGGUGGAUGAAAGAGUGGACAUUAAUAUUUUAAGGGAAAAUAAUACUGAUACUGAUAUAGAUAGCAGUGAUAUAGUAUCAUCUUCAGUGUUCGAUCUUGAAUCUGGAUUAAAUGAUGAGAAUAAGUAUCUUGUCAAGAAUACUACUAGUAAUAAAUUUAAUCAGCAAUUAUCGGCUUGCCCGAUUCUGGAUUUUAUUAAUAGUAAUAUUAAAUGCUGUAGAGAUCAUUCUGAAAAACAAAGACCACUUGCCCAACUUAUUGGAGGCCGUGGAAGCCCAAAAUUUGAAUGUGAACAUUUAUAUAAAAAUAAUGCGAAUAAUAGACUUCGAAUUUUGGGUCACUGGAUUUUACACAUAGCCGAAAUCGCUAAUGAGGGUAAAAAAAAAGCUCUCUUAACAUGUUUGGCUUCCAUUUUGCCAACAUUUUUUGACAUCAAAUCAUUUCCAGUAACUGCAAAUUCACCCAGCCUUCUUUUUGUUAAAAUGGUUUUAAGACUGAAACAUGUUAAUUUGACAAAUAUUGUAGAUCAAAAGUUUAAUUUUACCUCUGAAACAGCUCUAGAUUUGGAGAAAGCAUUGGGAAUUGCAACAUGGAAUGCAUGA